AUGGGGAUCCGUCAACCCUGACGGAUCAACGCAUUCCAACGCAAAGGUGUGAAUGCUCUGUGAGACCUCAGAUGCACGAUUACCUCAGUAUAUAAAGAGGUCUUAACGGCUGAGCUGUGGUUUUAUCCUGACAUCUUCAAAGGACUUUACACAAAAGAGUCAGCUGGGAUGAAGUUUGCUGUUGCAGUGGUGCUUAUCCUGGCUCUUGCUGAGCUGGGUAGCUCCUUGUUAAUUGGUGCGUUCAACAUCAGGUCAUUUGGGGACAAAAAAGCAUCCAAUGCGACUCUGAUGGACAUCAUCAGUACUAUUGUGCAUCGCUACGAUGUAAUCCUGAUCCAAGAGGUGAGAGACAGUGACCUGUCUGCAACCAAACAAUUAAUGCAGCAUGUCAACAAAGAGUCCUCUCCUUAUGUGUACCAGCAUAUUGUCAGUGAGCCUUUGGGUCGAAGCACUUACAAAGAGAGAUAUCUCUUCCUCUACAGGGAACAGACUGUGUCUGUGGCCAAAAACUUCACGUAUGAUGAUGGAUGUGAGCCAUGUGGAACAGACACAUUUAACAGAGAGCCUUUCGUUGUGAUGUUUUCAUCCGAUUCAGUUGUGCAAAACUUCGUCCUCAUUCCUCAGCAUACGUCUCCCGAUUAUGCAGUGACGGAAACAGAUGAACUGCAUGAUGUUGCUGUGUACACCAGGAGCCACUGGAAGACUAAUGACAUUCUGUUACUUGGAGACUUCAAUACUGGCUGUAACUACGUUGUUGGUCCAGAGUGGCAGGAGAUAAGGCUGUACACCGAUAAGAGUUACCACUGGUUGCUUCCCCAUGAUGCAGACACAACUGUCUCCCACACCAACUGUCCAUAUGAUCGGAUUGUGGCCACCACUGAAAUGAUGCGAGGUGUUGUUCCUAAGUCUGCUAAGGUCUUUGACUUCAUGUCUGUUCUUGGACUCAGCCACAGCCUAGCUUUGGCAGUUAGUGACCACUUCCCUGUUGAGGUGGAGCUCUACUGAGUCAAGCGCUGAAUAUUCACAUUAAAAACAUUUGACGAGA